GGCAGGAGGUGUGGCCAAGAAGGGUGAAAAUCAGUCACUGGCGGCUUCACUGUACUUCUCCUUUCACUCUCAGAUACUGCCAGGGUCCCUGAGGAGGGAAGACACGAGGAAACAGCUCAGACUCCCGCCAGACUGGACGCCAUGCAUCUCCUCAGCCCCAGGCUCCUGCUGCUCCUGGACCUGGCUUUUUGUGACUCAAAAGGCUUGAUAUUUAAACACCCCAAAAUUGUCUAUGCCUGGGAGAAAGCCUGCGUCUGGAUUCCCUGCACAUACGAAAACAGACAGAGCAAAGUGCUCCUGGAUAAGUUCACACUGUACCACAAUCCUGAGUAUGACAAAGCCAUCGGAGACUUCAAUGGGACUGUCCUGUAUAAGAAGACGAAGACAGAGGACUUCUUUUCUAAGGAGGGAAGGGUACAAAAGUCAGAAAAUAACUGUACCCUGAGCAUCAACCCUGUGUACAUCCAAGACAGUGGCAAGCUGGGGAUGAGAGUGACAUGGAGAGAGAAUGAAGGGGCUAAAGAGGACAAAUGGAUGGCUGAACUAUCCCUCAAUGUCUCCAAAACUCCUCCUCCACCUCAGCUCCAGCUCUUCCCUUCAAGAAUAGAGGAGUCCAAGCCUGUCACUGCCAUCUGCUCUCUGAAUUUUGCCUGCUUUGGGUACGACAUCCAAUUGAAGUGGUCCCUGGAGGAGCUCAACUCCACUUCCCCUUCCAUUGACCCCUCCACUUCCCUCUCUACUGAGAAUGUCUUCACCAAGAGCAAGCUCAUGUUCCAGCCACAGUGGACUCACCACAGGAAGAACCUGAGCUGCCAGGUUCUGCAUGCUUCCACAGUGCUCUCUAAGGAAAUGGUGCAGCUGGAUGUGAAGCACCGUCCGAAGUUGAAGAUCGAGGUCAAUCCCAGAGAUGCCGUCGUAAUGAAGGGGGAGUUCGUGAACAUGACAUGCCAGGUCACCAGCAGCAACCCAGAAUACAAGACUAUAUCCUGGUUCAAGGAUCAGAACCUCAUGAAAGAGCAGCAGCAGGCCACACUAACUCUGCACAACGUGACCAAGGAAAUGGCAGGGAUUUAUCAGUGUCAGGCAUCCAACGACUUGGGGCUGGGGAAGUCAAAAGAAGUGAACCUCAAAGUGCUGUAUGCACCAGAACCUUCCAUGGUUCAGAUCCACCCAUCACCUGCUGAAGAGGGAAAAUCAGUAGAGCUGAUUUGUGUAUCACCAGCCAAUCCUCCUGCAAAGAAUUACACUUGGCAUCACAAUGGGAAUGAAAUCCCAGAAAAGACAGAAGAGAAACUCUGUAUCUCCAAGGUCUUUCUUAAGGAUGCUGGGAAUUAUUCCUGCUCAGCAGAAAAUGUAUAUGGCCGUGGACGAAGUGGCCAGGGUGCUGAGCUGGAUGUGCAGUAUCCCCCCAAGGAGGUGAAUGUGGUGAUUCAGAACUCCACACUGAUUCGAGAAGGAGACAGCGUGAAGCUGUUCUGUAGAUAUAACUCCAGUAACCCGGAUGUUACCAGUUAUUCCUGGAUCCCCGGAAGCUCUAGGAAUAAGCCAUCCGGUGAAGUGCUGUGGGUUCACAAGGUUGCCUGGGACACCCCACCCAUCACCUGCAAAGCCUGUAACCACUGGUGUUCAGAGUCAUCCCCUGUCAGCCUGGAUGUCCAAUAUGCCCCCAGAGAUGUGAAGAUCCUGAAGAUGAGACCCCAGUCAGAGAUUCUCGAGGGGCACCAGGUUAUCCUCCGAUGUGACUUCUCACAAAGCCAUCCCAAGGAAGUUCACUUCUUCUGGAAGAAAAACAGAAGUCUUCUGAAAGAAGGACAAGAACUGGUUUUCAACUCCACAUCCCCAGAAGAUGCUGGAAAUUAUAGCUGUUCAAUCAAUAACUCCAUAGGACAGACCACAUCAAAGACCUGGAGGCUCCAAGUGCUGUAUGCACCCCGGAGGCUGCGUGUGUCCAUCACCCCAGGGGACCGAGUGAUGGAGGGGAGGAAGGCAGCCCUGACUUGUGAGAGCGACGCCAACCCUCCGGUGUCACACUACACCUGGUUUGACUGGAAUAAUCAAGACCUCCAGUACAAUGGGCAGACACUGAGGCUGGAGUCUCUGAAGAUCAAAGACUCGGGCUCCUACUGGUGCCAGGGGUCCAACAGGAUAGGCAUGGGGGCGUCUCCCCCCAGCACCCUCACCGUCUACUACAGCCCAGAGUCCAUUGGCAGGCGAGUGGCCAUAGGGAUCGGGUCCUGCCUGGCCAUCGUCAUCCUGGCCAUCUGGGGAAUGAAGUUUCAGCAACACAGGAAGAGGGCACAGAGCCGGCAGGGGCUUCAGGACAAUUCCAGUAGUCAGAGCUUCUUUGUGCGGAAUAAAAAGGUUAGAAGGACGCCCCUCUCGGAAGGCCCCCACUCCCUGGGAUGCUAUAAUCCUGUGAUAGAAGAUAGCAUCAGCUAUGCUACCUUACGCUUUCCUGAGACGGACGCACCAAGAACUGGAGAUGCAGGGACCUCUGAAAUGCAGCGACCUCUCCCAAACAGUGAUGACGCAGUCACGUACUCGGUGGUGCAGAAACGUCGUGUGGGUGACUAUGAGAAUGUGGUACCAGAUCUUGCUGAAGAUGAGGGAAUCCAUUACUCGGAGCUGGUGAAGUUUGGAGUUAGAGAGCAGUCCUGGGCACAUGAAGAUGUGGAGUACGUGACUCUCAAGCACUGAUGCCGGAACCAGCUGUGGGGAAAAUGCCUGGGGCUGCAGGAGACAUGAAACUCCCGGAGUGUCCCCAGCCACUGCCAAGUCCCAGCACGGCGUCUCCCCCCACCCCGUGCCCAAAUUUGGAGAACCUUGCGCUGGCCCAGAGUCAGACUUCCUUCUCGGCACUGGUGACCCCCACUCUCCAAAAAGCUUGUCCCUGUCUUUUUUCCUUGCCUUCCCCCACAGAAACUCGCCUAUACACCCACCCUCUGCUGUACAGUGCCCCCUGCCCCAGCCCCAGCCAUCUGCCACCCUCUACCCUCUCCUAAUCCCUGCCCCAGCUUGCUGUGUCCCUGCCGGGAUCCACAUGUCACUAAUUUUUCUUCUUCCCUCCCCUAUCUUUUUGACCCCUCCACCUACAUUCACUGAUUUUAUGCUGUUUCUGCCCCUUGGGGAAUCCUGAGGAAGGACAGAGAUGAGGUAGAAAGAGGCACUGUCCCCAGUUGGCUUCUUCUCAAGAAACAUGUCUACCAGCAAGCCAGGCUUCCACGGAGAAGAUGACACUGCAGCAGCGGCCCUGCCUUCAGGGUCCCAGGGACUGAGCAGACAUACUGAUGAGGACACACAACGGACAAAGAGCCACACAAUAAAAA